GCUCCGGUUCUCCUCAGCCGCUGAGGGGCCGGGGCUCCCCCUCCAGCCGCUGCCGACGGGGCGGCCGUAACACCGGCUCCGCGGUGGGGCUGCGGCUCCAGUCCGGCUCCCAGGCACCGGGGACCCGUUGUAACCGUGUCCGCUGUCCGGCUGGCUGAGGGGAGCCCGCCCGCCUCAGCGCUGAGGGAGAGCGGAGCCCACUUCUAACCGCUCCAUGCUUCCAUAGCACUGCAAAGGGAGAGCUUUCUCGUCCCCGCCGCUUCCCAGCAGGACACAGGGAUCUCCCUGCCUUCCCCCUGGGCAGCCGGGCUGCCUGCCCUUUGCUCCCGGUGAGUCAGGCUCCAAGCAGGUGGGGACAGAAGCUGGCAAGGGAAAGGGGUGGGCAUUUUCCUUCCCUUUCCCUCCAUAGUGGUGGGGCUGGAGCACAGCGAAGCCUCCGUCCUGUCAGCCUCUCGCCAUGGCCGUCGGUGGGGCUGAGGUCUCGCUCCUGCUCAUGGUCAGCAUCGUGGUGGCCGUGGGGCUGUGCAAGAGACUGAUCCUCCGCCGGCUCUCCUUAAACCGCCGCCUUGUCCCUGCCCUCAUGGAGCUGCUGAGCACCUUCCAGAUCUGUGCCUGCACCAACGAGCUCUGCCUGCUCGGCAGCGUGGAGCCGAAACCUCACGUCGGCCUCAGCCUCACCUAUGGCUUCACCGUCCUGCACGGCCUGACCCUGAGCGGCAGCGCCUGCAAUCCCUGCGGCACUCUGCAGCCCAUGUGGAGCUCUGGAAUACCGCUCCAGACCGGGGGGAUCAAGAUCGCCGCUCAGUUCGUGGCUGCGGUGCUUGCCAGGGUGUUUAUGGGCUGCAUCUGGAGCCUGGGGAUAGCAGAGGCACAUUCGGGAGCGCUCUCGCAGGGAUGCAGCAGCCCCAUGCAGACUACGGUGGUGCAGGCGUUCUGCAUAGAACUGCUCUUCUCUGCCGUUUUCCAGCUGACCUUGCUGCGAGCGGAAAGAGUUAAUCCCAAGUACAGGGUCCAUCUGAUGGCUCUUCUCAUCACCAUGCUGGUGUAUGCAGGUGGAAAUCUCACAGGAGCAAUAUUUAACCCAGCAUUGGCUUUGUCAUUACACCCACACUGUUUCUAUGAGAAGUUUCUGAGUUACUCACUAGUAUACUGGGUAGCACCAUCCUUGGGUACAAUACUUGUGGCUUUCAUAUGGGGUGAAAUCCUUCCCCGGAUCUCCUGAGCCAUCAAUUCCUGACACCAAGCAGUGACAUUGAAAUACACCUUCAACAUCUCAGGUUGUGAAGCUGCCAGAAAACUGCUGACCACAACUUCCACACCACCUUUCAGUUGUAUUUCCAGACUUCGUAUUUGCAAUCUUUGACUUCCAACUUUGUAUUCAAACACUUCUUUAGUAACAGCACACUGGGAUCUUGAGAUACGUGCCACCGUUAAACCCUAGGAAUGUGAAGGACAGUUAGAACACUGCAACUUUGUCACUUUAGCCAGAAGUGCCAUUUGCUGACCUUUAUUACAACAGUUUGCAAAGCUCAUUUUAGAGACAUACUCAGUCCUUGUGAUGACUGUGCUGGAUUGCUUCCCAUAGAAGGCACCUGCAUAAAAAAGGAGCUGAAGAUUUCAUUCUUCUAUUGACCUCAUCAUACUCCUCCUUGCAACACAGGAGAGGAAGAAAGGCUACACUGCUCCCUAGAAGAGGCCUCGUACCUCUAUUCUAGAGACACCUUACACCGAUAUUAACAGUCUGAAGGACCAGCAUUGUUUCCCUAAUAACAGUGCAGGUAAGUAACUCCUCACUUCCUUUGGGAAGGCUCUGCCCCAUCCCAUCCCAUCCCACUGCAGCUGGUUGAAUGUUUAUCUUGGUUGGAAAAAGCAGUAAUAAAGUAUCAUAAGUUUCUGUAGUCACACACAAAAAAAAGGGCAUUUUGGGCAAAAACCAACCCCAAACUACUUCACCUGAGAUCACUGCUGCCUCUGCACACAGUAAAACAGACACAGUACAUAGGGAUGAAUCAUGUGGAACUUAUUUCAUGUAACUCUUACCAGAUGUUUGACUUUUAAUAAAUGAAUUUGUAAUACAGGUAAAGAAAUGAAAGGUGUGUAC